UCUCACUAACACACACACACACACACAUAUAAAGCCUAGCUACUUAAAUAAUUAAAUGCAUCUCCCUUUUCUUUCAAUCUCUCAAAUUCUUCUCCCUUAAAGCCUCAAAAAAUCCAAAGCCUCCAUGUUUUUCUUCUUCACCAUGAACAACACAAUUGUAGAAGAUAGAGAAGGUCCUCAUGAUAUUGAGUUAAGUGAAGAAGCCUUUGGGAAGAAUUAUGCCUAUGGAAUUGGAUUUUCACUUGGACUCCUAAUAUUAUUUUCAGUCAUGGCCUAUGCUUCUUACUUAUGUAUCCAAUCGCGAUCGCGCAACAAUCCUAACGUGCCUAAUAGUUCAUCAUCUUCUUCUCAUGGUAGCUCUACAAUAGUUGAUAAUGAAUUGGUUCUUAUUCAACAAGGUAUUGAUGAAGAAAUUUUGAGAAACUAUCCAAAGUUAUUGUAUUCUCAAGCUAAAGUUCAUUAUCACAAAGAGGACAUUGAUGAUGAUAUUGCCUCUGGAUGCUCAAUUUGCUUGGCUGAUUAUAAAGACAAUGAUAUGCUAAGGAUAUUGUCUAAUUGUGGUCAUAUUUAUCAUGUCAAUUGUAUUGACCCUUGGCUAAGGCUUCAUCCAACUUGCCCUAUUUGUAGAAAUUCUCCACUUCCAACUCCAUUGCCUACUCCGUUUGCAAUGAGGUAAAGUUGAGUCCAUCACUCAUCAACUAUUUCUUCCUAAUCCUUCAGUAUUCAAAAUUCAUUAGUCUGAUAUAUUUGAAUUUGCAUCGCGCAAGAUUCACCGAAGGGAAGCUCUAUUUAAGAAUUUUUUUCCGUCCUCACGGCUCGGGGGCAUCACUCUUGAUUAAGAGUAAAGUAAUCUCAUCUAUUCCACCAU